AUUUCAUCACUUUUUUUUUUUUUUUUGCGUAAAGAAGGAAGAUUUUGCGCUGUUGUUUCUGAUUCAUGUUUGGGAUCCAGGAAAGCAUCCAGCGGAGCGGGAGCAGCAUGAAGGAGGAGCCCCUCGGCGCGGGGAUGAACGCGGUGCGGACGUGGAUGCAGGGAGCGGGCGUCCUGGACGCCAGCACGGCCGCGCAGAGGGCCUGCCUCUCGCUUAUUUAUAUCCUUGUAACUCUGGAGCUGCUCGCCAUCGCAAGGCGCAGGAUCAGGCCCGAGUGCUUCCAGGAGCUACCAGCAAAAUGCCCGGGUUGCGCAGCGAUAGUAUAUGAAGGCCAAGACAAGAACCCCGAAAUGUGCCGAGUUCUGCUCACGCAUGAAAUAAUGUGCAGCCGCUGUUGUGACAAGAAAAGCUGUGGCAACAGAAAUGAGACUCCAUCAGAUCCAGUGAUAAUUGACAGGUUCUUCUUGAAAUUUUUUCUCAAAUGUAACCAAAAUUGUCUAAAAAAUGCAGGAAACCCUCGAGACAUGCGACGAUUUCAGGUUGUGGUGUCUACAACAGUCAAUGUUGAUGGCCAUGUGUUGGCAGUGUCGGACAAUAUGUUUGUGCACAACAAUUCCAAGCAUGGGCGGAGAGCUCGAAGACUCGAUCCUUCGGAAGCUACACCAUGUAUCAAAGCCAUCAGUCCAAGUGAAGGAUGGACUACAGGAGGUGCCACUGUCAUCAUCAUAGGAGACAAUUUCUUUGAUGGGUUACAGGUCAUCUUCGGCACCAUGCUGGUUUGGAGUGAGCUGAUUACUCCUCAUGCCAUCCGCGUACAGACACCUCCCCGGCAUAUCCCAGGGGUUGUAGAAGUCACAUUGUCCUACAAGUCUAAGCAGUUUUGCAAGGGAACGCCUGGAAGAUUCAUUUACACAGCUCUGAAUGAACCCACCAUUGACUAUGGUUUCCAAAGGUUACAGAAGGUUAUCCCCCGGCACCCCGGUGACCCUGAACGCUUGCCAAAGGAAGUAAUACUUAAGAGGGCUGCUGAUUUAGUAGAAGCACUCUACGGUAUGCCACAUAAUAACCAGGAAAUAAUCCUGAAAAGAGCAGCAGACAUCGCGGAAGCACUCUACAGUGUCCCUCGCAAUCAUAACCAGCUCCCCGCCCUUGCUAACACGUCAGUCCAUGCAGGAAUGAUGGGAGUGAAUUCCUUUAGUGGUCAACUAGCUGUCAACGUAUCUGAAGCCUCACAGGCCACCAAUCAGGGUUUUACUCGCAACUCAAGCAGCGUGUCACCUCACGGCUAUGUGCCAAGCACCACCCCUCAGCAGACAAAUUACAACUCUGUCACAACAAGCAUGAAUGGCUAUGGGAAUGCUGGAAUGUCAAAUUUAGGCGGUUCUCCAACCUUCCUGAAUGGAUCUGCUGCCAAUUCUCCCUAUGCCAUUGUGCCAUCAAGUCCAACAAUGGCCUCCUCCACUAGCCUCCCCUCCAACUGUAGCAGUUCAUCUGGGAUUUUCUCAUUCUCACCAGCCAACAUGGUCUCAGCAGUGAAACAGAAGAGUGCUUUUGCGCCUGUCGUGAGACCACAAACUUCUCCUCCUCCCACCUGCACCAGCACCAAUGGCAAUAGCCUGCAAGCUAUAUCUGGCAUGAUUGUUCCCCCCAUGUGAAAGAAUUGCCUUGAAGAAUUUUAUUAAUGAAGAGGUUGAAUUCUGCUUCAGAGAGAAUCUGAUACAAGUCCCAGAGCGGAACUUUUUACUCAGGCCUUUUUAAAAAUAAUAAAUAAAAAAAAAGAAAUAAAGAAGAAUCUUACAAUAACUGCGGAUUUUUAAACAAGAAAAAAAAAUAAAAAAUCACCAUCCUUGCAAACACUAGAAAUUAACUAUCUGCAAUU